AUGGAUUUAGAAGAAGUUUCUAAAAAAGAUGGAAUUGAAAAAACUGAUAAUGAUAGUUUAAAUGAAUAUGAAGAUACAUCAUUAAAUAAAAGCGUCAAUGAUUCUGAAAAAAUAGCAGAGGAGAAAAAUGUGGAAGGAGACAAUGAAUUAUUAAUUGAAAGAAUUUCAGAACCAUUAUUUGAAAAAAAUAAUUCUGAUAACUUUGAAAUUGUAACCUAUACAACUACAUUCACUAAAGAGUUAUUAAAUAGCAAAGAUAACAACAAUAAUAAACACAAUUUUUUUAUUAAUGACCUUGAUAAGGAUUUGCCACCAUUACCAAAUCAUAAUUCAUCACAAUCAAAAAGUUUCAGUGAUUCUAAUAUCACAUCAACUAUACCUUUACGACCAUUAUCGCCAUCAUUAACAUUACCGAUGGAACAAUAUUCUAAUUUUGCCAUGCAUCAACAAAAUCCAUCAGAAUCAUCUAUAUAUCUUGAAUCUCAACAACUACAAUUUUUAAAUAAUAACUUUUCACACACACAAAAUCCUUCAACACAAUCUUCAUAUAUUCAAACACGUAGUGCCACGCCACAAGUUUUGACUGAUAGAUCAAUUAGUGCAAUGACACAAAUGACACCAACAUCACCUCAAGUAAUAAAUACAAUUAAAAUACCUGUCCAGCCAACUAAAACGUGGGUAGACAUAUCUCAUAUUCCACCAUACGAAAGAAAAUUUAAGCAAAUUAAAAGUCUGGAACAAAUUUGGUCUAUGCCUGCAACAGUAGACAAUAGACCAACCUUGCUAUUCUGUUAUUCUUAA